AUGGCUGCUGAAUCUAUCACUGUGUCCGACAACCCUACUCUCCUCAGCGUCAAUAUGACGAAUGUCACUCGCCUCACCACGACGAACUUUCUCAUGUGGAGCCGACAGGUUCAUGCCUUGCUCAAUGGUUAUGCGCUUGCUGGAUACCUUGAUGGAUCCAGCAUUCCACCAUCUCUCACCAUCACUUCUGAUGUUGGUGUUGUUUCACCCAACCCUGCCUUCCUCCUAUGGCAACGUCAAGAUCAACUCAUUUACAGUGCUCUCUUGGGUGCCAUCUCUGUCUCGAUUCAGCCUAUCCUUUCCACGACGGAAACCUCUGCUCAGAUCUGGAAGAAACUCUCGCUCACCUACGCAAAUCCCAGCCGUGGUCAUGUCCAGCAACUGCGUCAACAAGUUCGCCAAUGGAAGAAAGGCACCAAAACCAUCGAUGAGUUUGUUCAGGGUCUUGUGACUCGUUUUGAUCAAUUGGCGCUUCUUGGCAAGCCCAUUGAUAUUGAAGAUCAAGUCGAUUACCUUGUUGAUGGUCUCUCUGAAGACUACAAGUAG